GGUUUCGUACGUCAAAGCUAUUGACAUCUGGAUGGCUGUGUGUCUGCUCUUUGUAUUUGCUGCCUUGCUGGAAUAUGCUGGGGUUAAUUUUGUCUCCAGGCAACAGAAAGAGUUCCUUCGCCUGAGGCGAAGACAAAGGAGGAAUCAUAAGGAGGAGGAGCUGCGUGAGGGACGCUUUAAUUUUGUCGGGUACAACAUGAAUCAGUGUCUGCCGGCGAAAGACGGCUCGGCUGUUAAGAACACCGCCCCGGCUCCGAACCCUCAACCUUCAGUCCCAAAAGACGUGGACAUGAGGAAGAAGUUUGUGGACAGAGCCAAGAGGAUAGACACCAUCUCCAGAGCUGCUUUUCCUCUGGCUUUUCUCAUCUUCAACAUCUUCUACUGGGUGACCUACAAGAUCAUCAGACACGAGGACAUCCACCAAAAAUAGACUUAAAAAAACCCGACAUCUAUUUUUGAGUUCUCAGAUUGAGAAAGGUUGAAGAAAUGGACAAAAUAGAAGGGAAAACACUUGAAAGACAAGGUACAAAUGGAGGCACCAUGAUGGUCUCGUGUUCUUUCAGGGAUAAUGUUCCAUUCAGUGUUCACGCGCCACACAGUGUCUGAUGCACAGAUGCUGAACAUUUUAACUGCUGCACAUUUUCCAAAGCAGUGUUUCUCAAAUGGUGGGUAAUGACUAAACAAUGGCAAUUAAGUCUGUGGGUUUCAAAAAAAAAAAAAAUGUAAGUGUUUCCUUGUGUAAAACAAAACCAUCUCUUGUACUUUUUGGUUCAGAGGGCGAUGACGGGACAUUUAGCCAAUGUUAGCAUAAAACCUGAAAAUGUAUUUGUUUUAUUUUGGACUAUAUA